GCAUGGCAGAGGAUCUUAUGCCUCAACAAUCUUUACAUGCACAGCCAUCAGCUCUUGCCCAGGAGCUGCAUGCUGGUGCUGGCAGAAGCAAAAGAGCUCUGGCAGACCAGGAAACACUGGGAAGAGGCAGCAUAGCACUUGCAAAGAUCUAGAGGAGACUCAAACGUUUGCCAAGCCACCUGUUUGAUCUGGUACCAAGGACUAGCCAAGUAACCAAGUACGACAGAGGGAUCUGAGAGAGGCGCGUGCCUGCCGCUCACAGCCCAGCGAUGAGUGAGACCCCAGCCGCCACCCUCAACACCGGAGAUGCUCCAACUGGUCCCAGCACACCACGCAAGGGGCCUCCCAAGUUCAAGCAGAGACAGACAAGGCAGUUCAAGAGCAAGCCCCCCAAAAAAGGAGUAAGAGGGUUUGGAGAUGACAUCCCAGGCAUGGAGGGGCUGGGCACAGAUAUCACCGUGAUUUGCCCAUGGGAAGCUUUCAGCCAUCUGGAGCUGCACGAGCUGGCCCAGUUUGGGAUCAUCUAAGGUGUCAGCAUCUCUUCUGGUGUCACCUGGUGACUCCACAGAUCCCAGCAUGUUCUUCACCACCUUUGACACUUAUUUUUGGCCCUUGCAUCCACUUGCUUAUGGGCAGGGUGGUUUUGUAAGAGCUAGUUAUGAGAAACUUAACUUUGCAGAUUAAUUUGGCAAAGAAGUUAUUUGAGACCCUGAGCAGGUCUCAUGCUCCAUGUGAUGAAACUACUGAAAAAUGUCUUAAUGCCUCCCUGCACAAUAUUUUUUCUUCUCUCACUGUCAUAGAUCUUCAAUGUUUAUGGUGAUACAGGGAGGCUGUAUUUGAACUUUUUUCCUGAUUAGCUGAGAUAUUGUGUGCAUGUAUGUCCACACCUAGUUAAAUCAGCCCAUUCUGUA